GAGAGAUUUAACUUUGAUGGGGUGUUGGAAGAUUUUUUAGGGGAAAUAAAAUUGUGGGGUUUUGAGUGUUUUAUUGAAAAGGUUGAAACUUUAUGCUGAGAUUUGCAUUUCAUUUUAAGUAUGAGGUUGUUUUUGUGAGUUUUAAGUUAAGUUUGUUUUGAAGAUUGAGUUUUGAGAGGAAACAAAUUGUGGGUUUUGAGUGUUUGUAUGAAAAAGGUUGAGUCUUUAUUGAGAUUUUUGCAAUUUGAGUGUCAAGAUUGAAUGAAUACAUGUCAUUUGUAGCAUCUAAGUUAAAGGGUUUGUUGUUUUUUCUUGGAUUUGUGAAGGAUGAUUUAGCUAAUGCAAGUUUUGUGCUUCUGGGGUUGAAAGGUUAUACACUAUACAUAGUGAUAUUGAGGUUUAGAUAGCCUUUUUUUGUGAAAAGGGGGAAAAGGGGGCGGGGAUUACAAGGUGGGGAGUCGAACCCUCACCAACACGGUGAAAUUUCAGGUAGCAAACCAACCAACUGAGCUACUAAGAUCCCCCAGUUUUGGUUUUAGGUAGGAUUCAUAAGCAUUGUUAGGUAUGAUUUGUUGAGUUUUUGCAGGGUUCUAGCAAUGUGUGGUUUUGUUAGAUCUUGAGAGGUUCUUCAGAUUAGUAAUUUUGAAAUUUGGGUCGCUGCAGGAGGCGGUAGACGUAUGGAAUUUUGAGGAUUCAGAGGCCUAAAAUUGAAUUAGGAGACAGAAGCAGAGGGGAGUUUUGUUCAAUGUCAGGAGCUUCAAGGGUAAGGUCAAUGAAUGUAGCUGAUUCAGAAGCAAGGCCAGGUCUUGGACUAGCUGGGAAUAAGGCACAAAGGUCACCUGGUUCAAGAAAAUCUGUUUCGAAACCUACGAGAAAGAUAGUGAAGUCAAAAGAGGAGCUUGAGAUGGAAGAUAAAAAUGGUCACCAACCAUCCCCUUCAUUGCUUUCUUUUGAUGUUCCCUCAAUACUUAGGCGACAGGAGUCGUUGUAUUCCAACUUUUCACUUAGUGCUUCAUGUUCUUCUGAUGCCUCGACGGAUUCAUUUCACAGCAGUGCUUCAACUGGUAGGAUAUAUAGAAUGAAUAGUACCUCAAGCAGAAGGAAGCAGUUGGCAUCGAAGUCCAAAAGGAUAGUUUCAGAUGAUAUAUCAGACUCUUCAAUUGACGGUUCGCAAUCCAAGAAAAGAUGUGCCUGGGUGACACCUAAUACAGAUCCAUCUUAUGCUAAUUUUCACGAUGAAGAAUGGGGAGUUCCAGUCCAUGACGACAAGAAGCUAUUCGAGCUCCUUGUCCUUUGCGGGGCAUUGGCUGAACUCACAUGGCCUUCCAUUCUUUGCAAGAGGCACAUAUUCAGAGAAGUAUUCGCAGAUUUUGAUCCCAUAGUAGUGGCCAAGUUGAAUGAAAAGAAGACUUUAGCUCCUGGAGGUACAGCAUGCUCACUAUUAUCAGAACUUAAACUGCGAGGCAUCAUUGAAAAUGCUCGUCAAAUGUUGAAGGUUAUAGAUGAAUUUGGAUCAUUUGACAAGUAUAUCUGGAGCUUUGUGAACCACAAGCCUAUAGUAAGUGGAUUUAGAUAUCCUCGUCAAGUUCCGGUGAAGACAGCAAAAGCAGAUCUGAUUAGCAAAGACCUAAUUAGGAGAGGUUUCCGGGGCGUGGGACCUACUGUGGUCUACUCUUUCAUGCAGGUUGCUGGUAUUACAAAUGACCAUCUUAUUAGUUGCUUUAGAUUUCCUGACUGUGUUGAAUCUGCUGAAGGUAAAGAGAAGGACUCGAACAACGAUGAAACUGAAGCAACACAAGCCAACAAAGCAAACGAAACAGAGAUAUGUAGAUCAAUCGAUGACUUGAGUUUCUCCUCAGAGUGAUUUUCAUCUUUGUGUUAUUCAGGUGAUAUAAAGACUUGUAACAACUGGUUAAAUUCACAUAGAUUAGCUGCAAAAACUGGUUGUGUACAGAGAAAUGAGUCAAUAUCUAUGCAUAUCAUAGAAUUCUUGAUAUUUUUA